CCAUCCUCUGCUGCCUACCGGUCGACAGGGGUCUGUACUGACUAGAAGAUCACUGAAGGGCUUCAUUCAUUGACUCAAGAUACGGUAACCAGGAAACCAGUUCUAUCCUGGACGCCAUCGAGUCUCUCAGAAUUUGAUAACGCCACCGCCGCUGAUAUGACUACGACGGAUCUAUAGCCAUCUUCUUUAUUUUACUGCAGAUGCGCUUUUCCUUGGUGGCUUAUGCUGCAUUUUACGGGAUCGUAAUCAACGGAUUCGUUUUACUUAAUCCGUCAUACUAAAAAUGCAAUACAGCAACAUGGACGUGAAACAGGACCCAGAAGCGCGGGCGGAGGAAACUCUAGAUACCAUCCCGCAAGACGAUGGACAGCUACUCGCAGAAGCACCAGGAGUAAAGGAGGAAACGUCUGAAGUAAAUGCAGAACCUCAAGAAGCAGCCAUGGACGAGGCACGCCGCCUAAAGGAGCUCCAUGCUGACGUUCGCAACCAAGAUGAUCUCGAAAGGGACAUUACGCGCCAGGCGGACCGGCUGCUCAACGAGCAAGCGGACGAACGAGACAACAAGAGAUUAGAGAAGACUCGCCAUGAAAAAGAGAAGAUAGAGGCACAAAUCUUGAAACUACACCAGCGCGCCUCGCAGCCAGUUGGAACGGCCGCUCGAGCUCGCAUACAAAAUGAUAUACAGAAACUCGAGUUUCAGGACACAUCACUGGCAAAAGACUUGGAAGAAAUUCAACAACGGAUCGACGCGAGACGUGAAGGCCAGGAAACAGCUUCCCAGGUGACCGGGACAGGAAGAUUGCCCAACGAGUCACGUAGGGACUACCUCAUCCGAACCGGAAAGAUUACACCGUUUGCCAAGAUGAGCGGCGGCCCUGAAGAGGGGCCUCUAGCUAGUCUACGUGAUGCUUUAGUGGAUGCAGAGGAUGAGCGCGAUGAAAGCGAAGCUCUGGAACAAAUGAAGAAUAGAAUGGAAGUGUCGCAUCGAAACCUUAGGCGUCCUGGAUUUGGCUUUGAUGAGAGCACUGAAGUCAGUUCGGAGGCACCAGAGGAUCAUCCAAAGAAGCGGAGGAAAUUACAACAGCGUGUGAAACACGAAGACCCAGAAGAUGUGGAAGUUCUUUCCGACCAAGAUGACUCCGCAAGCUAUGUGGCAUUCGAAGCUGAAGAGGAGAGUGACGACGACUUUGUCGUAGAAGAAGACGAAGAGGCGGGAAAGAAACGCGCCAAGAAAGCAGCCAAAUCUGAAGAUGGGAUAGAAGAUCUCAGUGGGUUAGACGAUGGCAGAGAAGAGAUAUAUCAAGCCAGACUGCAGGAUUGGGUAAGCCGGAGAAGCGCGGCCAGAAAGCGUGCACGGGAUGCUCGACGCGCAGCUGGCGAGGACGAUGGUGAAGAUGAACAGUCGGAAGAGGAGGAAUGGUUCAUGCCACAUCCGACCGUGCCGGACUUGGAGUAUGAUAACGGCUACCGCGCACCUGGCGACGUCCAUCAAUACCUAUUCGACUAUCAGAAAACCGGGAUGCAAUGGCUUUGGGAGCUGCACCAGCAGCAUGUAGGAGGGAUCAUUGGCGAUGAGAUGGGUCUUGGGAAAACCAUACAGGUAAUCAGCUAUUUGGCAGGUCUGCAUUACAGUAAACAGUUCACCAAACCCGCGCUUGUUGUAUGCCCAGCAACAGUGAUGAAGCAAUGGGUCAACGAAUUCCAUCGCUGGUGGCCGCCUUUUCGAGUUUCGAUUCUACACACUUCUGGCAGUGGAAUGGUUAAUGUCCGCAAUGAGAGCAGCCGAGAAGAUGAACUUCUCACGCAGAAGUACCGCGGUGGUAGUUCUCGUGGGUUGACCAGUGCCCAGAAAGCGGCGAGGAAGGUCACCAAGCGGGUAGCUGAAGAGGGUCACGUUCUUGUCACAACAUACGCUGGGCUACAAACGUACGCGCCUUUGCUGAUCCCGAUGGAAUGGGGAUGUGCUGUCUUGGACGAAGGACACAAGAUCCGCAAUCCCGAUACGUCCAUCACAUUUCAUUGCAAGGAGCUUCGAACACCCCAUCGGAUUAUUCUCUCAGGUACCCCGAUGCAGAACAACCUAACAGAGCUCUGGUCACUUUUCGAUUUUGUCUUUCCCAUGCGACUAGGGACACUAGUCAACUUUCGAAACCAGUUCGACUUUCCCAUCCGGCAGGGGGGAUACGCCAAUGCGUCGAACCUGCAAGUUCAAACGGCUGCAAAAUGCGCCGAGACGCUCAAGGAUGCCAUCACCCCGUAUUUGCUUCAACGAUUUAAGAUCGACGUGGCGGCCGACCUCCCGAAGAAGAGCGAGCAGGUGCUUUUCUGCAAGCUGACGAUGCCUCAAAUGCAAGCGUACAAGGCUUUUCUUGGGUCAGGGGAAAUGCAGUCUAUACUGACGGGACGACGUCAAGCAUUGUUUGGUAUUGAUAUACUGCGCAAAAUUUGCAACCAUCCAGAUCUCCUGGAUCGCAAGAUUACGUCUGGAAAUACAAACUACGGGCGCGCCAGCCAGUCCGGCAAGAUGCAGGUUGUCAAGUCGCUUUUGCAUCUGUGGAAAGACACAGGCCACAAGACUUUGUUAUUUACACAACACCGCAUCAUGCUCGAUAUCCUGGAGAAACUCGUCCGAUCGAUGCCUGAUUUCCAAUAUCGCAGAAUGGACGGUAGCACACCGAUCAAGUCCCGACAAUCGAUGGUAGACGAGUUCAACAACGAUCCGAACCUGCAUGUCUUUCUUCUGACGACCCGUGUUGGUGGGCUGGGUGUAAACCUGACGGGCGCCGACCGAGUCAUCAUCUACGAUCCGGACUGGAAUCCGUCGACAGACGUGCAGGCACGCGAACGGGCAUGGAGACUUGGACAGAAGCGUGAUGUCACAGUGUACCGGUUGAUGACUGCAGGAACUAUCGAGGAGAAGAUUUACCAUCGACAGAUCUUCAAGCAGUUCUUGACGAACAAGAUCUUAAAGGAUCCGAAGCAGCGCUCGACAUUCCAGCUGAGCGACUUGCACGACCUCUUCACGCUUGGUGACGAAAAUGGCCAGACAGAAACAAGCAAACUAUUCCAGGAUGCUGAAGUCAAAUACGAAAACACUGACCCCAACGAAACCCAAGACCUCAGCAAAGUAACCGGGAUCGCAUCAAUGGAAAAAUUCCACGAACCCGAACCCCAAACAAAUAGCGCAUCAACCCCGGAUCCCAACGCCAAUGACAAUAAAACCGAAUCCCGCAUAAUGGAAGGAAUCUUCUCCCGAGCCGGCGUGCACUCCGCCCUAGAGCACGACCAAAUCAUAAACCCCAACGGUAAGCGAGUGGUCCGAGCGGACCCCAAGAUCAUCGAGGCAGAAGCCAAGCGCGUCGCAGCCGAGGCAGCAGAAGAACUACGCAGGGCUGGUGAAGCAGCACGUUCAGUACCUAUUGGGACGCCCACGUGGACGGGGCAAUCGGGGAUUGCAGGACGGCCGGAAUCAAUGUUCGGAGGGAGUAGUAGCAGUGCCCGUCGCGCGGCGGGACCAUCGUCUGCGAAUAUAUUGGCCAACCUUUCCGCGCGCACAGCAGCACCGAGGAGUGGUAGUGGCAGCGGUACCAACACUCCUACUACUCCCAGGGGUACUCCGACCGCAACCGCAGCCGACACCGACACCGGAUUCAACAUCAGCAUGAUCCGAGAUUUCAUCCUGGCGCAAGGCGGGUCCGCAUUUUCGCAAAAUCUAGUGAACCAUUUUAACCGGUUCUGCACGACGCCGCAACGCACGGCGGAGUUUAAGGAGAUGCUGAAGCGGAUAGCGGUGCUGGAGCGGGGUGCUGGAGCUGGGGGUCGGAAUGGACGGGGAAAGUGGGUGUUGAAACGGGAGUAUGCCAAGAAGUGAACGGUGGAGGCCCUAGGUGGGUUUGCGAUAUUUGGUGGGUAUUAGGGGGUUGGUGAGGGCUUUGUUUUUUGUUUUCUUGUUUUUACUUGGUUGGUAUUACUAGCAUAGAGGCGUUGUUUGUUGAUGUGGUACUUUGUACCACGGGUCGAUAUGGAUCAUUUACUUAGGGAUUCUUGCAUAGAAUAGGGGUAUGCAUAUUUACAGUGCAUAAUGCAUACAUAGCAGGAAAUCAAUUCGAAUCUAAUCAUAUGGAAUGCUCGAGAAUACUACUCUGCAGGCUUGCUCCAUAGCAUACUGAGAAUGCGUAGUAUCGCAUCUCAAGCAGAGCAAGUACGAGUCUACGAGUCUACCAUAUGAUAAAGACAAAAGAUAGAAGCAAUAAUGACAUCAAAACAAACCAAAAAGCC